AUGCUUUUACAGCCAACGCUCUCAAAGCUAGAUGUUUCCGGAAACCGUUUGGAAACCCUUAAAGAUUUGGGUGUGUUGUCAACAUUAACAUAUCUUGCCGCAACAAAUAAUCUCAUUACAAAUAUGAAAGAACUGAUCGGCUCUCUACAAAAGCUUAAAAAGCUGAAGGAACUUGAAAUCAGCGGUAAUCCAGUGAUGAGCGUCUAUAAGGCCAAGGAGACCGUUAUCGUAAACACAAUGUCCUUGGAAAAACGUCCGUCGGUACCAGGGGCUUCCGUUCCCAGUUUUGACACAUCAAUGACCGAUCCAUCCACGGAGUUUAUUGUGGUCAAGCAUCCGGUUGGUGAUGAAUAUGAUAUUGUCGGAACAGAAUUGUCAGUCAUGGAUGACAGUACACAACAGAUGAAAGGUAAAUAA